AGGCAAUAGAAAUCGUAAUUUUAUUUAUUUGUUUCGUUACUAUAAUUAAUUUCCGCGAAUAAAAAGUCGACAACAAAUGAUUGCAUUCAUACUGUUGUUGAGUACAUGUCUGUGGAUCAGUUCCGGUGAUGCCUAUGAGCUGACACAACCUGAACAAAUCCAUCUCUCAUAUGGAGUGGAUCCGACUCAGAUGAUAGUGACCUGGGUCACAAUGGACUCCACGCCUCAGACCACUGUGGAGUUCGGUCGGUCACCAACUGAUCUCAAUACUGUCACUCAGGGCUACGCCAACCGGUUCACCGACGGGGGCACUGAACAUCGGGUUAUGUAUAUCCAUAGAGUGGUGAUGACUGGACUGACCCCCGAUGGCACCUAUUUCUACCACUGCGGCAGUGACUCCGGUGGUUGGAGUAGUGUCUACUGGUUUAAGGCCAUGAAAGAGGGUAACUCUUGGAGCCCGUACUUCGCGAUUAUCGGUGAUUUGGGAAACGUUAACGGAGUGUCCAUUCCUUAUCUUCAGAAAGAGGUAUCGAAAGGCAAAUACGACGCCGUCCUCCACAUCGGUGACUUCGCCUACGAUAUGGAUUCCGACAACGCCAGAGUCGGCGAUGAAUACAUGAGACAAAUGGAACCGAUCGCAGCAUACGUGCCGUAUAUGACAGUCGUUGGCAAUCAUGAGGCCGCAUACAACUUUUCCAACUACGAGAAUCGGUUCACCAUGAUUGACCACACGUCCGGCCAAAUGAACAACCAUUUCUACAGCUAUAAUGUCGGGCCCAUACACUUCAUCGUAUUCUCGUCGGAGUAUUACUAUUACGUGGACUUCGGGUGGAAUCAGAUUGACGUUCAGUACAAGUGGUUGGAGAACGACCUCAAAGAGGCCACAAAACCCGAGAACCGGGCGGUCAGGCCCUGGAUUAUAACGAUGGCCCACCGGCCCAUGUAUUGCAGUACCGAUGACAGCGACGACUGUACCCGUAAGGAGAGUAUUAUAAGGAAAGGCAUACCAGUAGUGAAGGCCUACGGAUUGGAGGACCUGUUCUACCAGUACGGGGUGGACGUGGAGAUCUGGGCCCACGAGCACAUCUACGAGCGAAUGUGGCCCGUCUAUGACCGGCACGUGUAUAACGGCUCGGUCGGCGAUCCCUACACUAACCCCAAAGCGCCCCUGAACCAAAUGUGGCCCGUCUAUGACCGGCACGUGUAUAACGGCUCGGUCGGCGAUCCCUACACUAACCCCAAAGCGCCCGUCCAUUUCAUCACCGGAUCAGCCGGAUGUCAAGAAGACAUCGACCCAUUCGUGCCGAACCCCCCGCCCUGGAGUGCCGUACGUAUCCGCGACUACGGCUACACUCAGAUGAAGGUGUGGAACCACUCGGUGAUCGACUUCACGCAGAUAUCCAGCGAUAAAGGAGGCGUUGUGGUCGACAAGUUUACCGUCGUUAAGGAAAAGCACGGGCCAGAGGCCUGGCUAUAGGGGGAACGGGAGGUACUAAUCGUUUAAUACUUUUAUAUAUACUGUUUGCUUAUAAGUUUUAUAUCCGAUAAAAGCCUGAAUAUAUAUACCGGUGUAUACCGUAAUUAUAAUGUAAUUAUCGCUACAAAUUGUGGGCUAAAAAUGAAAAAAAUUCCGUAUUAAAAACUAUUUGUUUUUUUGUUUUAUACAUACA